AUGUCAGAUAUAUUAACAUCUUAUUCAUCAUAUGCAAUUGAUGAUCGGAAUGAUACUGAUAAUUUAGAAGCAUUUUUAACAAAACUUGCUCGGUUUGGUAUUGACCAAUGUUUACAUUUUGCACAUUUAAUUGUUAACAAACAACAAUCAUUUCAAAAUUUUUCAACACUUGAUUCUAAAUAUAAAACUUCUGAAGAUCAACAAAUUGAUUUGAAUAAACUUUUGUUGGAAAUACAAACAUUACAAAAUGAAUUUUAUAAUAUAUUAUUAAUUAUAUCAUCAUCAAAUGAUGAAAAAAAACAAUUAUUAUUUAUUAAAUUACAAAAUUAUUUAUCAAAUUUUCUUGAAAUUAAUGUACGUUAUAAAUCAUCUGAAAUGUCUACUAAAGAAAUUCAUUUAAAUAAUUCAAAAUUAACAAAAAAAUUUGAUCAAAGUUUAUCAACAAUAUCUUGUUUAUCUACUAAACCAUCAAUAAUAUUAUCAUCUUCAUUUUUUUCGAAUGACGAUAUUGAUUUAGGAAAAAAUUGGAAAUUUGCACAUAUAAUUCAUACACGUUUUCAAAUGUCUUUAAUUUCAUCUGAUUCAUAUAUGAUUAUAUGUUAUAAUAACCAAAAUAAUUUUCUUCAUUUUAUACGUAUUAGUGGACAAUUUCAAGGAAAUAUUAAAUGGAAAUAUGAACCUAUUAUUGAUAUGCAUUGGUGUUCAUUUAUUAAUCUAUUCAUAGUUGUAACACAUAAUGCUAUUUAUAGUAUUGAAUAUAACAAAUCAAAAUUAUUACCAUCAAAUUCAAUAAUUGUUGAAAAAGUUCUUGAUUUAGAAAAAUUUAAUUCUGCUCGAAUUGCUUGUAAUGAAAAUAAGAUUUUACUUUAUACAAUUUAUCAACAUAAAAGUUUAAUUCAAAUUUAUGAUAAGCAAUUCAAGAAAGAAAAAACAUUUGAUAGUUCAAUCAACAAACAAUUACCGAUCAAUAGUCAUUCAUUUUGUUGUACAAAUACAUUGAUUGGUUUAACAGAAAAAGAUGAAAUACUUAUAUCAUAUUUUCCAUAUAUAACUCCAAAGAAAGUUACAUUACUUCUAUUUGAUAUUGAUACAUUUGAAUUACGUUAUACAAUCGAUUUAAAUAAUUGUUCACAUAUAUAUACAAUGAAAUGUCUUGAAAAAUAUAAUAUAUUCUUUGGUCUUAGUGAUGAAAAAAUUCUAUGGAUUAUUAAAAUUAAUAAUAAUGAAACAAUACAAAUGGCAAAAAAAACAUUCUAUACAGAUCAAACAGAAAUGUGUAUUGUUAAUAAUCAAGAUUUAUUAUUGAUCAAUGUUAAUGCUGGUUAUGCUAUUCAAUUGAUCAAAUAUCUCAUUUCAAAAAUUAAUGGAUAUAAUAAAAGAAUAUAUUCAUCUGUAGAAAAUACUCGACCAAUUAUUGGAAUUUUAACUCAACCAACUCCAUCAAUAUGGGGAAAACCAAAUCGUACUACUUAUAUAGCAGCUUCUUAUGUUAAAUAUAUUGAAGCAACUGGUGCUCAAGUUGUACCUAUUCGAAUGUAUCAAUCAAUAGAAUAUUAUUUACAUUUGUUUAAUUCACUAAAUGGAGUACUCUUUCCAGGUGGAGAGCUUGCUAAUGAAUAUCUUUAUGUUGCUAAACUUUUUUAUAUGUGGUCAUUAAAAGGAACAUGUCUUGGUUUUGAAGUGUUACUUAUGUUAACAAGAUGUUCAACUGAUAUUAUGGAACCAUGUAGAGGAUAUGAUUAUGCAACAGAACUUACUUUUAUGCCAGAUGUAGCGGAUAGUCGAUUAUUGGGAAAAUCAUUACCAAUAAAUAUAAAAAAUGCCUUACAAAAUGAACCAACAACAGCAAAUUUUCACAAUUUUUGUAUGCGACCAGAAAAUUUCUUAGCUGAUCCUAUAUUAUCAACAUUUUAUAAAGCGUUAACCGUAAGCCCAGAUUUAGAAGGUCAAGCAUUUGUCUCAACUAUUGAAACAAUUUAUUUAGGUCGUCGUUAUCCAAUUUUUGGUGUUCAAUGGCAUCCAGAAAAGAAUGCAUUUGAAUGGCGAGUAAAUACAACAAUACCUCAUACAAAAGAUUCAGUUGAAGUUAUGCAAUAUAUGGCAAAUUUUUUUACUAAUCAAGCACGUCAAAAUAUGAACCAAUUCAGUUCAUUAGCAGAUGAAUUAAAAUAUCUUAUAUAUCUAUAUACACCAGAAUUUAGCGACUUAGACACAUCACAUUUUCAACAACUUUAUUUUUUUUAUGAAUAA